AUGCGUUUGGUAACUCAUAAUAUGCUUCAAUGCCACGUAAAAGGCUGCAAUUCAAACAAUUUUCCGUUACAACUUUCCGACGUUGAAAUCGAAAUUCAAGAAACUGACUUUAAUCCUAAGUUCUUACGAAACAUGCUGUCAAAGUUAGAAUGGAAUGCUUUAGUAAAAACGGCAUUAGAGAUUAAUAUAACCACGCUACCUAAUGUUUUACCAAAUGACUUGGAUGAAGAGUUUCUCAAGAUGUUACAUAGAGUGCUAUUAGAAACACAUAUUAAACAGGGACAAAUGAUUUGUCCUAAUUGUAAUCAUACUUAUCCAAUAAAAGAUGGGAUACCAAAUAUGUUGUUAAGCGAAACUGAAACUUAA